CCGGCCCGGCCCCGCACCAGCCGCCCGGCAGGCGCGACAUGAGCCUGGUCUGGCAUCCGCGGGACGCUCCUUGAGCCCCUUCUCCGGCUGUUACCUCCGGGGGACGGUUGUGGCCACACCGACAAGUAUUUUCCAAAUAAAUCACUGUUUAUUCUUGCGGCGGCGGGGCCGAACACGCUAAUUUAUUUUUAAUUUUUUCAACAAGCCUUUACCCAGCGCUCAUCCAGUGAAAGAGCUUGGUAACCGUUCCAAGGGAGCAUCCGCUCGGUUAGGAAACCUCGGACUGAGCUGCUCGUGGAAAUCGACAUUUGCAACGUCCCUCCUCAAAUGCUCUGAAGAUUGUUGCGUCUUCCCGUAAUUACCAGUGUGCACAGAAUCCCACUCAAGGAACGUCUUGGCCCAGCGAUGCAAAGAACUGACGUUUCAAGCUGGAAGAGCCUAUAUUGUCCUCAUAAUAGUAUAGAAGAAUUCAAGUUAGGAGAGAGAGGAGCAGCGAAUGAAGACUAUAAAAGAAAAGAAGAAGGAACGUCAAAGAUUGAGAAAAUCUGCCAAGACAAGGAGGGUAACCCAAAGGAAGCCAUCUUCAGGGCCUGUUUGCCGGCUAUGCCUUCGAGAACCUGGGGAUCCCGAAAAACUGGGGGAAUUUCUUCAGAAAGACAAUCUCAGCGUGCAUUAUUUUUGUCUUAUCCUAUCUAGCAAGCUGCCUCAGAGGGGCCAGUCCAACAGAGGUUUCCAUGGAUUCCUGCCUGAAGACAUCAAAAAGGAGGCAGCCCGGGCUUCUAGGAAGAUCUGCUUUGUGUGCAAGAAAAAGGGAGCUGCCAUCAACUGCCAGAAGGAUCAGUGCGUCAGAAACUUCCAUCUUCCUUGUGGCCAAGAAAGGGGUUGCCUUUCACAAUUUUUUGGAGAGUACAAAUCAUUUUGUGGAAAACAUCGCCCAACACAGGACAUCCAACGGGGGAAGGCAGGGGAGGAAAGCUGUGUCUUGUGUUGUGAAGACUUAUCCCAAGCAAGUGUUGAAAAUAUCCAGAGUCCAUGUUGUAGUCAAACUAUCUACCACCGCAAGUGCAUACAGAAGUAUGCCCACACAUCGGCAAAACAUUUCUUCAAAUGUCCCCAGUGUAACAAUCGAGAAGAGUUUCCUCAAGAAAUGCUAAGAAUGGGAAUACAUAUUCCAGACAGGAGGUGGCGCCUCAUUCUGUGCGCUACCUGCGGAUCCCACGGAACCCACAGGGACUGCUCCUCUCUUAGAUCCAACAGUAAGAAGUGGGAGUGUGAGGAGUGUGCACCUUCUGCUGGAGCCACAGACUAUACACCUGAAAACUCAGGUGACAUCCCUUGUUGCAGCAGCACCUUCCACCCCGGGGGGCAUUUCUGCAGAAAUGCCAGCCUGGAAGAGAAUCCAGGCCCUUCUUGGACUGAUUGGCCAGGACCUUCCUUAUUAGAAAAGCCAGAGUCCUCUGGUGGCAGGAGGGGCCACUCCUGUCGGUCCAAGCUUGUCAAAAUCACUAAGAGCUGCAAAAAAUCCAAGUAACAGCUUCUGAGUAGUCGCUGCCAAGCACAUUUGGAUAUGAAGCUGUGCUCCUUCACCGGGUUUGAGGGAGGGAGCCCUUUGGGACUGUGAGGCAAGGAAAGAGGGCCAGCAGUGAGAGUAUGAACCAAGGAAAGAGAAGUCCCAGGGGAGCGUGAGGACCGAGCGGAGUCCAGAUGCCAACCUCGGAAUGUGUUAGCAGUUACGAGCACGCCUCUGCUCUUUCUGCCUGAUCCCACUCCUCUUCUCCCACCCUAAUCUGCUUCUCAUAUGCCUCUUCUUACUUCACCCACGUUUGUUAUUAUGC